AUGCCUCCUAAGAGAAUUGUCGUUGAGAGAGCUGGUGGCCCCCGAACUCGUCAGCCCAAGGGUUACUUCAGAUCAACCUAUGAUGCCCUGACUUCGUCAGAGAAUGCACCUAUCGUGCGUAGCAUCGCCAUCUUCGGCGCUGCCGUAACUUUCCUCUCGAGCUCCUGGGGCGAGUUCCUCCUUCCUCCGUGA